AUGUCUUCAUCAUAUAAAAGAAAAAUUCAAAUUUCUGUUACACUAAGAAAUGAAAGUGAACCAGCCCAUCGGUCUUCUGUUAAUUCAUUACAAUAUGAUAAAAGUACUGGUAGAUUAUUUUCUGCUGGUAGUGAUAGUAUUAUACGAAUAUGGAAUACAUCAAAUAAUGAUAUUAUAUCUAAUGAUAUAGUAUCAAAAAGAUAUAUUCAAUCUAUGGAACAUCAUUGUGAUUGGGUAAAUGAUAUAGUUUUAUGUUGUAAUGGACAAAAUCUUAUAUCUGCUAGUAGUGAUACAACAAUAAAAGUAUGGAAUGCAAAACAAGGUUUUUGUAUGAGUACAUUACGUACACAUCAAGAUUAUGUUAAAGCUUUAGCUUAUGCAAAAGAUGUUGAACUAGUUGCUAGUGCCGGUUUUGAUCAAGCAAUAUAUUUAUGGGAUGUUGGAACAUUAACAAAAUUAACUGCAACUAACAAUACAGUUACAACAAGUAGUUUAAAUGGUAAUAAAAAUAGUAUAUACUCAUUAGCAAUGUCUUCUAAUGCUAAUGUAAUAUGUAGUGGAAGUACAGAAAAAAUUAUACGUAUAUGGGAUGCAAGAUGUUGUCAAAAAAUAGGAAAACUUAAAGGACAUACUGAUAAUGUUAAAAGUUUACUUGUAUCAGAUGAUGGUAGUCAAAUAAUUAGUGCUUCAAGUGAUGGAAGUGUUAAAAUAUGGAGUGUUGGACAACAAAGAUGUAUUGGUACAAUUCAAUUACACAAUGAAGGAGUAUGGGCUUUAGCAACUAAUGAUAAUUGGACAGAAUUAUAUAGUGGAGGAAAAGAUAAAAUGAUAUGGAAAACAAAUUUAAGAGAUUUUUCAGAUUCAUUAUUAAUAUUAGAAGAAGAUAAUUGCAUUCAAAAGAUACUUUUUGUUGAAGAAAAUGGUAAUAAAUAUUUAUGGACAUGUGGACAAAGUGAAAAUAUAAAAAGAUUUAAAAUUAGUACUAGUAAUUCAUCACAAUUAGUAUUUAAAAAUGUAAGUGAUAAUGAUGAUGAUGAUAUAGGAGGAGAAUCAAAAAAUAAUAUUUCAUUACAAUUAGAAACUAAACAUUUAUUAAAUAAUUAUAAUAUUUUACAAAAUAAUACAAAUAAUGAUGAAGGAAAAAAAAAUCCUCAUUUACCUCCCGAUAUAAUUAUUUAUGGUGCUCCAUCAAUAAGACAAUAUGUUGUUCUUAAUGAUAAAAGGCAUAUUGUAACAAAAGAUACUGAAAAUAAUGUUGAUGUUUGGGAUAUUCUACAAACACGUAAAAUUGGUCAACAUGGCAAAGUAUUUAUUGAUGAAGUAGUAAAAAAAUAUAAUAAACGGGUUUAUGUACCUUCAUGGUUUAGUGUUGACUUAAAAUUAGGAAUGUUACAAAUUAUUUUAGAUGAAACGGAUGUUUUUGCAUCUUGGGUAACAGCUAAAGAGGCUGGUUUAGCUGAUAAGACACAAGAAACAAAACUUAAUUAUGGGGGUAUAUUUUUAAAAAGCUUAUUUAAUAGAUGGGUAAAAAGUACGAUGUGUUAUAAUGAAAAUGAUGAUGAAAUGGAUGAUUCUAAUAAUCAAACAAUCUUUCAAUUGCCACUUCAUACAACGAUAAUUUUAAGUGAAUCGUCUGGAAGGCCUAUUUUAAGGUCAUGUGUUAAAGAUGUUGGUAAUGAAACGGAAUCAUCAAUUCUGGAUGACUUAAUGCCUACAUGGGCAAAAGAAGCAAUUGAAAAACAGGUUCCACCAAAAUUUAAUAAAAUUCCAUUUGCUUUAAUUCCUUAUUCAGCAAAUUUAAAUUCAACAAAUAAUAAUAAAAAUCCUAAACGUGAACGUUUAUCUGCAACAGAGAUGCUUCAAGUACGUAAAAUAAUGGAACAUGUUCUAACAAAAUUAAUUGGUGGUAAUGAUGGUACAGUAAAUAGUAAUAACAGUUAUAAUUCUAAUACUUAUAAUCCGGGUAAUAAUUCAUAUUCUAUUAAUAGUAAUUAUAACACAAAUUCCCAAGGAAAUAAAAUGAUAACAAAUUCAUUAUUUAAUAAUAUAGAAAAUAAGAUAGAACUUUAUUGCAAUGAACAAAAACUGGAUCCUGAUAUGGAUUUAAGAUCUGUUAAACAUUUUAUUUGGCGACAAGGUGGUGAUGUUGUCAUUGUUUAUAAGCAAAUACGUUGA